GGAGAGGAGAAAAGGAUUUUCCAUUUUCCCCCCUUUUAAUGUACAGUCGAGUCCCGGAAGGACGAGGCGUUUCCAUCCGCCCUGUCUGACGCUCGGCCACGGUCACUGCCAAAUUUCUCCGCCCAAGAGCGACGGGGGGAAAGAGAGACUCCGCAACCCCCCUCCUUCAACCUUUUCCCUAAACAGAACUGGAUUAUUCCGCUAAUAAUACCUCGCUAGCACCGCGUGUAAAGUUGUUAUGGUUGGACACUUUUGCGUGUUUUCAUGCCGAUUUUGGGUUGCUCGCGAUGCAGCUCGCUAGCUAGCAACAGUCGCCAGUGUGAACAAUUUAUUUAGUGCUAAGCUACAACUGUUCACCCUUCGUUCUGUACCGCGACUGGAAAUCCACUGGAGUUGUAGCUAAGCCUUCUUCCGUCGUUGUUUGUUUUUUUUCCCUCCCACUGAGAUCGUACACGAAUAGAACGGAAAAUAACGCGGCUAACAACAUAGCUAGUCUAGUCAGCUGGCUGGCUAACUAGACAGCCAGCUAUCAUCCUGGGAUCAUAAACCGGAUCCCUGGAAGACGAAACUCCACGGUGGCGAGUGGCUGGCUGGUUUCUUCUCUGCUGCCGACACGGGAGCAACAGAAGAAAGGGGCAGAAAAUGCUGGCGAGUUCCUGCGUUUUGACACCAAGUUAAGAAGUCCUUCAACAGAAAAUCGUCUGCUUUUAGCUGUAAUCAUUUCUGAGUCGUCUCGGGGAAACGGUCGAAUAAGAUUCGACUUGGCUACACGAAGACUGUUUUUCACAUAAUUAGCUGGAGUGCGAGUUGUGGCUAACGUUACAUUUUAUACUUAAAGGCCUUUUCUUGGAACCGAUUCAAAUCCACGGUUUUAGGAAAUAGUAUUGUAAAAUUUAAUCCCGACACGAUCGGGUCGGUAUAAGAUGCAUUCGUUUAACAAGUUAGCUGUACUUUUCUAGUACUACGCAAGAAAUUUUGUAUAUUUAAUGAAGGACAUUUGAUUUUAUUUGGGAAGCAUAACGACAGUAACGUUAUAUUUGGUGAGCGUGUCAGACUCUAAUCUUCCAGGAUGGGUUUAAUUGCAAUCUGAUCAGAUAUCCAUUCGCUCGCGUGGAUAUAAAGUAAAAUAAUCAAUAAACCCACAAGGUCGAGUUUGGAGCAUUUUUGUUUUGAGGCAUUGUACAUUUUUUGCACCUUUGAAGACUGGUUACGCGUCUAGCAAGCUCGCUUACGUUAGCUGGUAUACACAAUGUAGCUAGAUAACGAGUGGCAGAAAUAGGUAAUAACGACACCGAUAAAAGGAAGAUUAGAAUAUAGUUAAACAUAGGGGAAAUAGUGUAGACCAUUCGCGGAAAAGCUUAUUUAAAAUAUAUAAUUUUUUAUAAGGUGAGGGACCGUUGGCUAGCAAAAAUCAUGCGAUUCCUUCCCACGUUCAUUUGUAAUUUGCACCCAACUGGAUAUUACAGUCCGCGCGAAUGACCUGGGAUUGGAAAAAAGGGAGAGAAAAGGGCGAAAAAACGAAAACUUUGUGGAGGAGCCACUUGCUUCAGCGGAGCCGGAGUGCAUCGACAAUGAGGACGGUCGCGGGCCGAAUGUCGGUUUUGGCGUUGGGACUAUACGCCGUGCUUCUCCUCAGCCCAGUCGCUGCUGCGCAGAGCGAGGAGAGGGAGUGCGCCUUCAACGACCAGCAGUCGCAGUUUGACGAGCAGCACGUGGGCGGGGAGGGGCGUGUCUCGCUGGAGAACACCACCGUGCGCUGCAGCAAGGGCAGCCGCUGCUUCGGCCUGUGGGAGAAAACCCGCGACGGGGACAUCCGCCUGGUCAAGCAGGGUUGCUGGACUCACAUCGGCGAUCAGCAGGACUGCCAUGAAGACCGUUGCGUGGUGACCACCACGCCCUCGCAGAUCCAGAAUGGCACCUAUCGCUUCUGCUGCUGCAGCACGGACAUGUGCAACGUCAACUUCACCGAGGACUUCCCCCCGCCCACGCCCACCAGCGCUCAGCCUGUCUUCCCACGGCCUCUGUACAGGGAGGAGACCAUCGUCAUCGCCCUGGCGUCCGUCUCCAUAGUAGCCAUCCUAAUUGUGGCGCUGUUCUUCGGCUACCGCAUGCUGACAGGAGAUCGUAAGCAGGGUCUUCACAACAUGGACAUGAUGGAAGCAGCCGCUUCUGAGCCUUCCCUGGACCUGGACAGCCUGAAGCUGCUGGAGCUGAUUGGCCGCGGGCGCUACGGCUCUGUGUACAAGGGCUCCCUGGACGAGCGGCCCGUGGCGGUCAAGGUGUUCACCUACGCCAACCGGCAGAACUUUGUGAACGAGCGCGCCAUCUACCGGCUCCCCCUGCUGGAGCACGACAACAUCGCGCGCUUCAUCGUGGGCGACGAGCGCGUGACGUCUGACGGGCGCAUGGAGUACCUGCUGGUGAUGGAGUACUACCCGCACGGCUCUCUCUGUCGGUAUCUGAGUGUGCAGACGGGGGACUGGGCGAGCUGCUGUAGGCUGGCCCACUCUGUCACCAGGGGCCUGGCGUACCUGCACACCGAGCUGCUGAGAGGAGACGUGUACAAGCCGGCCGUGUCGCACCGCGACCUAAACAGCAGGAACGUCCUGGUGAAGAACGACGGCACCUGCGUGAUCAGCGACUUCGGCCUGUCCAUGAAGCUGACGGGGAACCGGCUGGUGCGCCCGGGCGAGGAGGAGAACGCCGCCAUCAGCGAGGUGGGGACCAUCCGCUACAUGGCCCCGGAGGUGCUGGAGGGGGCGGUGAACCUGCGGGACUGCGAAUCAGCGCUCAAGCAGGUGGACAUGUACGCCGUCGGCCUCAUCUACUGGGAGAUCUUCAUGCGCUGCACCGACCUCUUCCCAGGGGAGACCGUGCCGGAGUACCAGAUGGCCUUCCAGGCGGAGGCGGGGAACCACCCGUCCUUCGAGGACAUGCAGGUGCUGGUGUCCCGCGAGAAGCAGCGGCCCAAAUUCCCCGAGGCCUGGAAGGAGAACAGCCUGGCGGUGCGCUCUCUGAAGGAGACCAUGGAGGACUGCUGGGAUCAGGACGCGGAGGCGCGGCUCACUGCUCAGUGUGCGGAGGAGCGCAUGGCCGAGCUGCUGCUCAUCUGGGACCGCAACAAGUCCGUCAGCCCCACCGUCAACCCCAUGAGCACCGCGCUGCAGAACGAGAGGAACCUGUCCCACAACCGCCGGGCGCCCAAGAUGGGGCCGUACCCCGACUUCUCCUCCUCCUCUUACAUCGAGGAUCACGAAGGCGUGGUCAAGAACCUGCCCGGGGACAUCUCCGCCCUGGGGACCAGCUCCGGAGGGGGCGGCAGCAGCGUGGGGGGCGGGACCUCGGGGAGCGGGGAGAAGAACCGCAACUCCAUCAACUACGAGCGGCAGCAGGCCCAGGCCCAGGCCCGGCUGCCCAGCCCGGAGACCAGCAGCACCAGCCUGUCCACCACCACCACCACCACCACCGCCGGCCUCACGCCCAGCACCGUCAUGACCACCAUCUCCGAGUCGGGCUACCCCGAGGACGGGCUGGCGGGGGGCGCGGGCGUGCCCGUCUGCCUGCAGCUGACCGAGGAGGACCUGGAGACCACCAAGCUGGACCCCAAGGAGGUGGACAAGAACCUGAAGGAGAGCUCGGACGAGAACCUGAUGGAGCACUCCCAGAAGCAGUUCAGCGCCCCGGACCCGCUCAGCUCGGGCAGCUCCAGCCUGCUGUACCCGCUCAUCAAGCUGGCCGCCGAGGUGACGGGGGGCGCCGGCGGGGGCGCGGGGCAGCCCGAGUUCGGCGCGGGCGUGCCCGGGGACGGGCCGGGGGCCGUGUUCGCCCUCCCCAAACAGCAGAACCUGCCCAAGAGGCCCACCAGCCUGCCGCUCAACACCAAAGCCCCGGGGAAGGAGUCCUCUUCCCGCCUGAAGUUCGGCAAGCACGGCAAGUCCAACCUGAAGCAGGUGGAGACGGGCGUGGCCAAGAUGAACACGGUGGCGGCCGCCGAGCCGCACCUGGUCACCGUCACCAACAACGGGCCCGGCGGGAGGGGCGGGGCGGCGGCCGCGGGAGGGGCGGCGGCGCUCAACGGCUACGUGGGCGGAGCCUCUUCGGGCGGGGCGCCGUACGGGAACACCAACCCGGCGGGCCCGCAGGCGGAGGGGGCGGCCCCGCUGCUGCAGACGCAGCUGAGCGGCGAGGACAGCCGGAUCAACAUCAACUCCAGCCCGGACGAGCACGAGCCGCUGCUCCGGCGCGAGCAGCCCCCCGCCGCCCGCGACCAGCGGCUGCUCGACCGCCUGUCCGACCACCACCACACGGGGCGCUCCAACUCCAACAACAACAACAACAGCAACGGCAACGCCAGCGCAGCCGCCGCUACUGCUGCCGGAACCAGCGGCAACACCAACGCCAACACCAACGCCAACGCCACCCCUGCCCCCGCCCCCGCCCCCGAGGGCGCUGCACCCCCCCCGGGCCCCGCCCCAGACCCCCCGCCCCCACCGCCCCAGGAGGAGGCCCCGCUCAGGCCGCCAAAACCCAGGAGAGCCCAGCGGCCCACCUCCCUGGACCUGACUGCGACCACUCUGAUGGGAGACGGAGCGUUGCGAGAUGGCAAGACGGGGUCGGGCGAGAAGAUCAAGAAGCGCGUGAAGACGCCGUACUCCCUGAAGAGGUGGCGGCCCUCCACCUGGGUCAUCUCCACGGAUACGCUGGACGGCGAGGUCAACAACAACGGGCACGCCCACCACGGGCAGGGCCAGAGCCAGGCCGGCGCCAGCAGGUCCAAAUCCAGCACCGCCGUGUUCCUGGUGGGAGGGGGCACCGCCACCGCCACCCUCGCCUCCGACCCCCCCGGCAUGACCUGCCUGUGAACUUUGACCUCUGGUCAGGUUAGAAGGCCGGGUUUAAGUGUGUUGGAGUGUAAUGACAGCAUUUUGUUUUUCCCAAGUCUUUUUUUUUUCCCCAACAUCUGAUUGAAAUUUAGUUCAAAAAAAGAAAAGAACAGAAAGUUUAUUGAAAAGACUGAGAAUACCAAGCGCUUACUGUCGUAGGUCAUCUCUUCUACUUCAACUGUAUUCGAAGAAAUUGCUUUAAACAGAACCCAGCUAUGCAGCAACAUUGGCUCUAAACACUUCAGUUCUUUUUUUUUUUGUUGUUCCUCCAUUUUAAUGUAGUGUACCUGUAUCUGUGUAUGCGCGUCUAUUUGAAAUGUUUCUUGUUUUAUCGUUGCACUUUUAAAUAAGUAAUCUUAAUCGCACAGUUAAGUCCGUCUGUGACCACGUUUUUGAAAAAAAAGUGGUCUUAAAAAUGAGAAGAGGGAAAAAACAUGACAAUGUGUUGAUUUUACAAUCAGAGUAGACCGCUCAUAUUGACUUAUGUGAAUCUGCGUGCAUAUGUCCGUAUGUAAAAUGGUCUGUAAUUGAGAAGAAACUGUGGUCUUUAAGACUGGGUUGACUGCAAUGACAUUGUUUCACCUUUUUUUAUUUUAUGCAAAUUAGGUUCACAUGUUUAUGUAUUUGUUUUGUGUUAUAUCUAUGUAUCCCUUAUUUUGUAUUAUAUUUUGAAAUGUGCAAUAGGCUUUAGCUUUGAGGUUCUUUUUAAAAAAUGAUUUAAAUGUUGUUUUUUUUUGCCGCAGUUUUUUUUUUUGUUUUUUUUGAUAUUGUAAGCGGUGCGCUUACAGUUUAACAAUCUUCUGUCCAAACGAGGACCCCGUGUUCCCGAGCUCACCCCCCCACAGACGACAAUCCUUCCCUUUCUCACCCGUCUGAUCAGAAUCUGAGGGAGAAAGGUGAGCAGGUAAUCAGCUGAACGGUGGGCGUGGUGUUGCGGUCCUGUCCCUCCUUUUGAUUGGAUGGAACGGGGGUCCCCGCUUUUUGGAAAUGAAGCAGACUGAAGGCUCUGGAAGGAGGAGUUGGAUUUUUGGAACAUCUCCCCCCCCCUUGCCGUUACGUGCGACGACCGCAAGGGUUUAAUCCCCCCCCCCCCCGGUUCCUCAGACUGUCCGCUCGUUCUGCAGUUCUGUCCCCUCAUUCUAUGCAAUGCAACUCACCCGCGUAUUCUCACCAGGAGCUGUGUGUGUGUGUGUAUGUGUGUGUGUGUGUUUGGGAGUACGAGUGUGUGUGUGUGUGUGUGUGUGAGCAUGCCUAAGUGUGGGUGGGUGUGAGUGAGUGUGCGUGUGUGAGCAUGCGUGAGUGUGUGUGUGUGCUUGCAUUCUCACCUCCUCAUGUUCCUUGUCUGCAGAAUGAUCUGGUUAAACAGCCAGGACACUUCUGACAACUUUGGCACAAAUGACUUUUUUUUUUUUCUUUUUUUUUUUGCGGUUUGUUUUUUCAAUCAGAGCCCAGAACACCGCACAUACUUUGUGUAUGUGUACAACGCAUCAUUGUAAAUGUUCACAUAUAUAUAUAAAUAUAUAUCCACAAAUGCUGUAUGUAUAUACAUACAAUGCAACAAGCUCUUAACUAAAGAACAUUUAAAAAUUA